GCCAACAGUCGCGGAUAAAUAUCAGCGGAUCGAAGCAGCCACGAUGUCGGCGGUACUCGCGUCGUCCGCAGUCAAGCCCGUGAUCAAGAACUCGACGAUGGACCAAGACCUGCAGGACGAAGUGAUUUGGGUCGCCCAGGCCGCGAUCGAAUCGGAAAUCAACGAGCAGUUCAUCGCGGCCAAGAUCAAGCGCCACUUUGAGCUCAAGUACCACGGCAUGUUGUGGCACUGCUGCGUCGGGCGAAACGUGGCGUGCUACGUCACACACGAACAGUCCAAGUUCCUGUACUUUUAUAUUGGCCAGAUGGCGGUUGUGCUGUUCGCCACAGCCUAGCGACGCCCCUUCGCCAGUGCGUCCACUUUCGCUCGGACCUGUCGGUGUUUUCCACAACGGCUCAAGUGGAACGUUCAAGCCAACGCCGCAUGACGACAGCACCGAGGCAACGAUGGAGCGCCACAGGACCGGCAGUCACGUAUAAAAUGAAGUAGAUAUAAUGCAGACCUGGAGUGAGAUACGAA